UUAAGAAUGCACCCGAACAUGGGUACGAGUUCCAGAACUCCAGUGCAGAGUAUUGGAGAGGCUACUUGCACGAUACUCCUAUCUAGCCCAUGCUUCAAUCAUCAAUGACAGAAUUUUGCUUGGGUUGAACUCACACCCAAUCACUCUGUUUUUAACGUGUCACUUCAGCAGCCAAUCAGUUCAUGGAGCUGAACAUAUACAACCUUUAUACACAUAUGCUACAUUAUUGCCUGGCAUAAUUCAUUUGCAAAUAUAAUUCAACUGAAACUAACACUCUCUCUCUCUCUCUCUCUCUCUCUCUCUCUCUCAUGGCUGCCACAGCAGGGCGCUGCAUGAAUCCACGCUUCAUGGACCCCGAAUCAAUGAAGUGCACCAUAUCUAGUAGUCCCUCAUCUUUUUCCAGCAGACAAUCACAAGUCCAAUUCUCCAAUCAAAGACAUCAAUUCUGUUCAAUGUCGAUGAAUGGUUGCCAAAGUGAGCCGAGUGCUCCCAUUGGAACCAUCGAAACGCGGACUUUUCCGCCAGUCUUGACACCGGCAUUGGGGAUGGACCGCCUCAACUCGGCCAUUUCGGAGAUGAAAUCCGAACCGCCGCCUUUUGACUCUGGAAUUAUCCGGCUUGAGGUACCGAUUCAGCAGCAAAUUGAAGCAAUCGAUUGGCUUCACGCACAGAAGGAGCUUCUUCCUCGCUGCUUUUUCUCCGGCCGAAAUCCAAGUCAAUAUUCCGAUCGCUUCAUCGAUUAUACCAACGGAAAUAACCGGAGUCCUUCGGUCGAGCAUAGGUUGAUCAGCGUAGCUGGUGUCGGCUCUGCGGUCUACUUUCGUCAUUCCCAUCCCUUUUCCCUUGACGAUUGGCGGUCCAUAAAGAGGUUCCUCUCAAAGAAAUGCCCUUUGAUUCGAGCUUAUGGGGCUAUCCGCUUUGAUGCACAGGCUGAGAUAUCAUCCGAAUGGAGGUCUUUUGGUUCAUUCUACUUUAUUGUUCCUCAGGUUGAGCUUGAUGAGCUUGAAGGAAGUUCGAUGCUUGCUACAACUGUUGCAUGGGACACGGCUCUUUCAUGGAAGUAUGGGGAAUCAAUAACAGCACUUCAGUCCACUUUGCAACAGGUUUCCUCAAUGGUUACGAGAUUACAGAAAGAAGUUCCUUAUACUUACAUCCUCAGCAACAAUUACAUUCCCAGUAAGGUGUAUUGGGAUGUUGCUGUUAAUAGAUCUCUACAGAUGAUAAACAGAAAGAACUCACCACUCAUUAAGGUUGUUCUUGCACGCAGUACCAGGGUUGUGACUUCCACAGAUAUCGAUCCUUUAGCGUGGUUGGCUUGUUUACAGGUUGAAGGUGGAAAUUCUUAUCAAUUUUGUCUUCAACCUCCUGAUGCACCGGCAUUUAUUGGAAACACCCCAGAGCAACUAUUUCAUCAGAAAGGGUAUGACAUCUGUAGCGAGGCUUUAGCUGGAACACGAGCUAGGGGUAGAUCUGAGGCUAUGGAUCUUCAGAUAGAAAAUGAUCUGCUUUCCAGUGCUAAGGACCACCAGGAGUUCACUAUAGUACGAGAAUGCAUCAGAAGAAAGCUAGAGGCUGUAUGCGUCAGGGUAUCGCUUGAAGCAAAGAAGGCAAUUCGAAAGCUCCCUAGAGUCCAACAUCUCUAUGCCCCAUUGACAGGGAGGCUGCGAAGUGAAGAUGAUGAGUUUAAGGUUCUGUCUUCACUUCAUCCAACUCCAGCAGUUUGUGGGUUUCCUACAGAAGAGGCACGGAUUCUUAUUGCGGAAACUGAAAUGUUUGACCGAGGAAUGUAUGCUGGGCCGGUAGGUUGGUUUGGAGGAGGAGAAAGUGAGUUCGCGGUUGGGAUAAGGUCAGCCUUGGUGGAAAGGGGUCUUGGUGCAUUGAUAUAUGCUGGAACGGGCAUAGUUGAUGGAAGUAAUUCGUCUUUAGAAUGGGAGGAACUGGAACUGAAGACAUCUCAGUUCAUGAAGUUGAUGAAACUCGAGGUUCCUCUCCAAAUAACAACAAAGGGCAGUGUCACUAUUAUCAACUGAAGAGAGCCCUCGCUUAACCAAAGCCCAAGUAGCAAAGCUAGAAGGUUAAUGUUAGUGUUGUUUGACAAUUUGAAGGUGAUGGUUAUAUGGCAACAGAUGCAUGCUGGAGACAUGAUGAGAUUCUUGAAGAUAGAGAUUAUCCUAGCCCGUUCAAUCAGAUGUGUCUUCUACAAUUUCAGCAUCAAGUUAGAGAUCUUGAAUUGUUACUUUUGGAGCAAAACCACCAACCUUGUCUUUUCACCAUCUUCAUUGAUAAUUGGCUUGUACAGAUUCUUCAUUCAUCAAGAUUUCUCUUUUGUUUUCAUGGUUGUAUGAAAAUCAAAACAUUUGAUAUUUGGGAUCUGAUUGAUAUGCUCAUAUGUGAAAAAAUUAUUUUUUGUGC